CGCACCCAUCGCGAGAUUCGCGGCACGCUGCUCCUUUAUUCCUCUCCUCCCGUCCUCCGAGAGCUCGAAGGCGAGCCAAACCCAGCGCGCCGCAGCGAUGGCCACCCCGGACGCGGAGCAGCCGGCGCCGACGGAGCCCGCGCGGUGGCGUGACCUGGACAUGCUCCUCUCCCGCCCCGGGAACCUCGUCGCGGCAUCCUUCGACCCUAGCCCCACCCUCCGGGACCAGCUGGGUAGCAUCGUGGAGGUGCUGGUGGUGGGCGCCGGCGGGCUCGGCUGCGAGCUCCUCAAGGAUCUCGCCCUCUCCGGCUUCAAGAAGCUGCACGUCAUCGACAUGGACACCAUCGACGUCUCCAACCUCAACCGCCAGUUCCUCUUCAGAGUUCAAGAUGUCGGGAAGUCCAAGGCUGAAGUGGCGGCAAAGAGGGUUAUGGAGAGAGUUAGUGGGGUGAACAUUGAGCCUCAUUUUUGCAGGAUUGAAGAUAAAGAGAUAGAGUUCUACAGUCAGUUUCACAUAAUUGUCCUCGGUCUGGAUUCAAUUGAAGCUCGAAGCUAUAUCAAUUCCGUGGCAUGUGGCUUCUUGGAGUAUGACUCAAAUGACAAUCCACUUGAGGAGACAGUCAAACCUAUGGUAGAUGGUGGAACUGAAGGCUUUAAGGGUCAUGCAAGGGUCAUCAUACCUGGAACAACACCUUGCUUCGAAUGCAAUAUAUGGCUUUUUCCUCCCCAGGUCAAGUUCCCCUUAUGUACCCUCGCCGAGACACCAAGAACUGCAGCUCACUGCAUUGAGUAUGCUCAUUUGAUCAAAUGGGAUGAGAUUCAUCCUGGAAAACCUUUUGAUGCUGAUGAUGCAGAGCAUAUGCAGUGGAUUUAUUCAGAGGCUUUAAAGAGAGCAGAGCUUUUUGGUAUUUCUGGUGUUACAUAUUCUUUAACUCAGGGUGUUGUCAAGAAUAUAAUCCCUGCCAUUGCAUCAACAAAUGCAAUUAUAUCUGCUGCUUGUGCAUUGGAAGCCUUCAAGCUUUUUUCUGGGUGCAGCAAAAAUGUCUCAAACUAUCUCACGUACAACGGUCUGGAAGGAACUCAUAUUAAAGUAACUGAGUUUGUCAGGGACAAAGAUUGCCUUGUAUGUGGGCCUGGUACCCUUAUUGAGCUGGAUACAUCAUCUACUCUUGCGGAGUUCAUCAAGAUGCUCGAGGAGCACCCCAAGCUGCGGAUAUCAAAGGCUAGCGUGACGCACGAAGGCAACAACCUGUACAUGCAGUCACCUGAGGUGCUGGAGCAGAUGACGCGGCCAAACCUGAGUGUCCCCAUGUUUGAGCUCCUCAAAGAGGCCCCGUACACGACUGUCCACGCCACAGGCAUGGCGGAGAACAACGGGAAGAAAGUGUCCUCGCUGAGGAAGCUGCGCGUCGCCUUCAAGGGCACCGAGGCCUCCAAGAUGGACAUCUCCGAGAGCUCGUAGGCGGCAGGCCUCCUGAGGAAGCCUAAGAGCAACUCCAACCCAACUCACCUCCCUGUCCAGUCCUGCCAACGUCAUCGGUCAUCUGGUUUUCGAGAGUGAGCUUGAGCCUCAUUUGAUACAAAAAAAAAAUCAGCUAGAAGGAACUUCGAUCCGGUUGCGGCUUGUCCCCUUUGCCUGGCCGGUUUACUCCGCUUGCAGCGCCGCCGUACGCCAGUCACGUAGGAUUAAACCUGAUCAUCUGUCAGGUUCGGGUCGGGUCACUUCGGGUAUUGGAUCAAAAAAUAUUGGCCCAUGUCCGGCCCAUGACAUGAUCGGGUCGGGUUGGUCCGCAAUUUUGUGUGUAAUUUUCGGGUUGGAUCGGGUUUUUUUAGUUUCGGGUCAAAUAUUUCGGCUCGUGCCCGGCCCGUCACUUGGUCGGGUCGGGUGUAAGCAUCUAGGACCUCAAUGUAUGUUUCGGUGAUUAAUGACAACUAUUAUUGUGACUAAUGAGUUUGUGCAG